AUGCCAGCUGUCGUAGCACCAGCUCGACCUGUGAUCGACAGGCCUCUUCCGCCCUUGUCUGUCCUAUCAGCCCAGGAGUACGUGAAGCGACACGAACAAGGGACACUCAUUGAACAACAAAAUGAAGAAGAGUUAUUGAAGCGCUUCAACGAUUUGCGCAGACCAUUCAAAGCUUGGCCUAUUGCACCAAUCGAAGGGCUUACUACUUCCUUUUCAACAUCAUGGCUCUUCCUUGUGCCGACCCCUCAGCCUUCGGACGACAUCAUAUUUCCUAGCUUGACCGACAGCUUUCGUAUCGAAAUGUUGAAGAGAAUCCAGCUCCCAGAUGAAACUCAGUCUCUGGUUGAUCUCCACGCAACGCGGAUAAGUAAUCCCUACGAGAAUGCAGAAAAUCUCCCUUGCCCAGGGGUUGCAUCGUGUGCGGCGUUCAAGGUCGAAAUCAAUCGGGCUUGGAAAAACAAAGACGGGGAGCAGGUCAAUCGUGACUUACUGGCGCCAAUGCAGACAGCUUCCUCCCUGGACGACUUCGCGAGUCUUGAUCUAGAUCAAGCAAAACACCAGGAGAUCAUAAUCUCAUGGCAGACCUACUCCAACACAUACGAGGCUGAACUGGCAGCUCUAAGACGACUAACGCAAGAUUCACAGCUGGAGAGCGCCAAAGUGAGUCCCAAGUCCAGGGCUGCUUUUGAAAUGAUCCUAGACUUAAGGGGCUCUGACAAGACCUACGUCAAUCUGCACAAUGUGUUCCCACAUCUGGCGAGUCCUCAUUAUGCUGGUCAUGGAAUCCGAGAUGCGAUUCUCCGCCGCUUUCGCUCAUUCAACGCGGACCACGUCGCUGCUUUCAAAGGAUUAACUCAAAUCCCUAAUGGCCUUUACUUCGUGAACGGAUGUCCCGGCGCCGGCAAAACAGAAUGGAACAUGGUGGUCUCUGCCCUGAUCCAAUCCAAACCACGUCCUGCAGCUAAGAAACGAAACAACCCCAUUCUGUUCCUGGUUGACCUCAACAAGACGGUUGAUGAUGCAGCGGAUCGCUACUACACUAUGUGUAAAGAGGCUGGACUCAAGCUACGCAUUAUUCGGAUGCAUGGUUGGCCGUAUGAACUCAGAAACAGCUCGGUGCUGAACACUGGCUCCCUAGGAGAAACUAGCAAAAGUGAAGAAACAGACUUCACCAAGAAGUUUCUUGCUACCGCCACUAUCAGCACAAGUGUUCAUGUAGGAAGGGAUCCCAACAAAGCACCUACCUUGGAUGAGGCUGCUUGGGAGUACUAUGAGAAGCACAAGGACCGUGGCUUCUUGACACUCAAGAAGGUUCUGGCAAGAAUGGAUGCCGGUGAGGUAUUGAACCACGACAACUGGAAGACUCUACGAUUUCAGGUAACAAAACUGUACACUGCCAUAUUGAGGCAAGCAGAUUUCAUUGCGACAACACCUGUGGCCGCAUAUGGCAGCUUCUCAAAGUUUUUCAAACCGGAUGUCAUCUUUGUGGACGAGGCUCCUCACGCACGAGAGCUAACAACUUUGAUACCUAUCGCCUUUUUCGAACCGGUCGCCUGGAUCUUCACAGGCGACGUGAAUCAAACCCGCCCUUUUGUGAAGAGUGGCGACGUGCGUGAUGCUCUGAAGAGAGGACUACAAGUCAAUCCCUAUGCGGAGCAGAUGCGCCUGAGCCUGAUGGGAAGAGCUGCUAAAGUCGGUGCAAUCAACAGUUCGCUGCUAAUCAACAAGCGAGCAUUUGGCAAUUUGCAAAAUUUGCCCUCCGUUCUCUUCUACCAAUCAAAGAUGGUCUCUGGCUACCACCCCAGAGAGCAAUAUCCUUCGACUGUUCGCUACAUGCGGAGCUAUCUCGAGACGUUUGGCAACGGGCAAAGGAUGGACCAGAACAGAGCAGUCAUCUUUCUCACCGAUAGCAAAGAAGAGACACACUGUCAUAGCUUUUGGAACCCUACAAACCACCGGUGGGUAAUUGCCCAAGUUGCAACACUGCUGCAAGACCUCGGCUUCAAAAGUGUUACGAAUGGUCAUCAACCUGGGAAGAUCAUGAUACAAACUCCCUACAGUGUGGCGAUGCGACAAUACGCACACGUGGUCAAGCAGUGGCCGCUUGAAUGGCAGAGCCGAGUGGAGGUUCUUACAGUCGACAAAGCACAGGGAAACCAGGCCGAUGUUGUCUUCCUGGACUUGGUGCGCACCGACAAACCUGGUUUCAUGGAUGAACCUCAACGUAUGAAUGUCGCUAUUACCAGGGCGCGACAGGCAGAGAUUAUCUUGAUGCACCCUGGAAUGAUUACUCGCCUACACCGUGGUGAGCGUGUCCCAACAGAUUACACGUCGAAGGUCUGGAACGACGCGCGACAAAACAAUCGAUUGUUCGUCGUCUAG